GCCAUACAGCAAUAUUCGUCGAACAGCAUUUCUUUGAUUUGUGUACAUACGUGUGCCGCCGGAUGAGCUCUAAAAAGUAAUCAAACAAUUUUUGGGUGUUGUCCAUUGUUCCAUUGAUUUCAUGACUACACUGACUAGGCUGAAAUAGGACUUCUGCAACAACAUCAAGAAAAUGCUGGGUUUGUCAGUCUUUGGCCUGUAUAUGGUGUUUGUGGUGUUCCUGCUAUUCAUGAUGAUAUGUGUAGCAAUAUACCUUAGUACAACCCCAUACCCAGAGAUCAUUCGCUAUGAUCAGGAGAAGACAUUUUUCACCAGCAAGAACAAGAAACAGACUGGCGAGUUUCCCUUUGGGAAGUUCAAGGCACAAGAUUCUGUGAAGCUCUCAGUGAUAGUGCCAGCAUACAAUGAAGAGCAGAGAUUGCCCAGUAUGAUGAAAGAGGCACUGGAGCACCUGGAGGCGCGGCGCGCCGCCGUGCCCGGCUUCACCUACGAGGUGAUUGUGGUGGACGACGGCAGCUCGGACGCCACCUCCGAGCUGGCGCUCCAGUACACCGAGAAACACAGCGCCGACCGGGUGCGCGUGCUGACACUGGAACGCAACCGCGGCAAGGGCGGCGCCAUACGCAUGGGCAUGCUGAGCUCCCGCGGCGAGUGGCUGCUGUUUGCGGACGCCGACGGCGCCACUCGGUUCUCCGACCUGGACCAGCUGGAGGCCGAGCUGAAGCCGCUGGCCACUGCCGCCGACUCUGCGGCCGUGGUGUGCGGCUCGCGCGCCCACCUCGAGAAGGAGAGCAUCGCGCAGCGCUCGCUGUUCCGCACCAUUCUGAUGAAGGGCUUCCACCUGGUGGUGCGUCUGUUCACCGUCCGCGAUAUCCGCGACACCCAGUGCGGCUUCAAGCUGCUCACCCGGCCCGCCAUGCUGCUCUGCUUCGCCAACCUGCACGUCGAGCGAUGGGCGUUCGACGCAGAGCUGCUGUAUAUCGCCCAGCGACUGAAGAUGCCCAUCAAGGAGGUCGCUGUGCACUGGACCGAGAUCGAAGGCUCGAAGCUGACGCCGAUAAUCAGCUGGAUAGAGAUGGGCCUAGACCUGUUCUUCAUCUGGUUCCGGUACUCGAUCGGCGCCUGGCGAAUCCGUGACCAGUUGGACAGCAAGAAGUUCGAGUGAGCAGACAGGGACGAUGUGACCGCUCACUGAAGACGCUAGACUGCCUGCCGCAGAGGCUGCCAGGUUUAAGGAUAGCUGGGGGUGAUCACGAUGGACCAAAGACACGCGGUGGUCGGGACGGGGGCGGUUGGGGUGCUGCAAGUGAUCCACGUUUGGACUGUGACCGGGCUCGUCACAGAGUCCGAGCAGACUGCCGGUUGAGGCACGUACUCACGCAUACCCCUUCUCAGGUGACGUUUGGGCCAGGAAUCGCUGGGGAAGGGUCGGGGUGAGGCACUUUGGGCUGUGGGCACUGCGUGCAGAGCUCCGGAGACGGCACUGUGUGUUGUGAUAAUCGCUGAUUUGUGAUCAGAGGUGAUGAUUCGAUUUGCGUGUUUUGGUGGGCGUA